AGUCCUUGUACUGUCGUUUAUUUUGAUAAAGAUAGGGUUUAAUAGUAGAAAUACAGUCGAAAGAAAAUACAACGCAAACAAGAGUACAUACAACAUAUCAAUAACAUCGUCCGUUUGACAAAACAGAGUCAAGAGCCAGUAAGGUGCGCACAGUUUUCAUUUCACGUUUUUACAUUUCCAAAAAGUCCGCCAACACGCCUUCACACCUGUUGUUGGCGCCGUCCUGUAAAGCCCUCAAAGGCGCUAUAGAAAAUAAAGCUGUGUCGUUAGAGAGAUAAGAGAUAGAUAAGAGUGGAUUGAUCCCGUAGGGAAACGCUGUAUCAUCAGAGAGAUAGAGAUAGAUAAGAGUUGAUUGAUCCCGUAGGGAAACUGAUUCAUAUUAUUAUUACUUUGAAUAGUCCGGGACACAGGACUCUCCCCUCUGUAGGAGCACAGUGCCGUGUCGGUGUCGCCGUGAAGCUGAGUGCACACCGUGCACGGCGAUACUUCCGCAGUGCUGCCGACGGGACGGGACGCCCGUGGCCGGUGGCCCGUGGCCUCGCGCCUCGCGCCUCGCGCGGGCGCCGGGCGCGCGCCGCUGCCCUUUGUCCCCCCAGGCCCAUUGUGUGUGACGGAGGAAACCCUGUGCAGCGCGGGCCGCCAUCUUGGAUCGGCAGACUCCUCAGCCCAGGAUCGCCCUGCGGAUCCCUUCACAGCGCCGGAGCGAGUCGACGCAGCCGCCCUCGGAAUCACGCGCCACCAUGGCCACUGCUCCGUACAACUAUUCCUACAUCUUCAAGUACAUCAUCAUUGGGGACAUGGGAGUGGGAAAGUCCUGUUUGCUUCACCAGUUCACAGAAAAGAAAUUUAUGGCCGACUGCCCCCACACGAUCGGCGUGGAGUUCGGGACGAGGAUAAUCGAGGUCAGCGGGCAGAAGAUCAAGCUGCAGAUCUGGGACACGGCGGGCCAGGAGAGGUUCAGAGCCGUCACGCGGAGUUACUACAGAGGGGCGGCCGGGGCGCUGAUGGUUUACGACAUCACCAGGAGAAGCACGUACAACCACCUUAGCAGCUGGCUGACAGAUGCGAGAAACCUUACCAACCCCAACACUGUGAUCAUCCUGAUAGGAAAUAAGGCAGACCUGGAGGCCCAGCGAGAUGUGACGUACGAAGAGGCCAAGCAGUUUGCAGAAGAAAAUGGUCUGUUAUUCCUUGAAGCAAGUGCAAAAACGGGCGAGAACGUGGAAGACGCAUUCCUGGAGGCGGCCAAGAAGAUCUACCAGAACAUUCAGGACGGCAGCCUGGACCUGAACGCCGCCGAGUCGGGGGUCCAGCACAAGCCCUCGGCCCCCCAGGGCGGGAGGCUAACCAGCGAACCACAGCCCCAGAGGGAAGGGUGUGGCUGCUAAUGACCACCCAGCACCCUCCUCUCGCCCCCGGGGUACCUGGGGGGGGGAAGACAAUGAGGGGCGGGCUCGGCUGCCGGCUCCUCCUGCGCCCCCUCCUCUGAACCCCCG